AUGGAGAAUCUUCAACUACGACGAUCAGCAAUCGAAGGGCGCCUGGGUAACAUUGCCGCCAGAGUCCAAGCCAUGGACAUUAGGUCAUCCUGUGUGGAGGAUCUAGACGUCGAAUUGGACAGCCUGCGUGAGCUUUGGCAGGACUUCCGAGCAGUUCACAAUGGCAUUCUGGACCAUUGCACGGACGACGAGUCUAUAGAGGAGCACGUAGAAUAUGAGACCUCGCUGGAGAAACGGUACAAUCGUACCAAAGCGACGAUCCUGCAAUUCAAGCGUGUCAUCAAUAACCAGAAUCAGGAUUCAACGAAUGUGACUACUCCCGAUAUCAGUCAAUCACCCCUAGAAACAUCGAUAGCGCACGUAAUUCCCGAAUUACAAUUGCCUAAGGGUAUUCUUCCCACCUUUUCGGGCGAUUACGGCGAAUGGACUUCAUUCUAUGAUUUGUUUACAAGUUCCGUCCAUCAAAACGAGCGACUAACCAAGGCACAGAAGCUUGUCUACCUCAAAACGUACACCUCCGGGCGGGCAGCGGCCUUGUUGAGACAUGUUAAGAUUGAGGAUCGAAACUACGAAGGAGCGAUGGAGAUGUUGAGAAAGCGAUUCGACCGACAGGACCAAAUUGUCACCCACCACAUUCAAAGAUUUUUGGAAAUUCCUGCGUUCACUGUUGCAUCAGCAAACAACUUGGCACGUAUGCAUGACACAGCGGAUGAUGUGCGACGUGCUCUUCAAGCCAUACAGCGAGAAGAACGCGACUGCUGGCUUAUACACUUGUUACUCGCAAAGCUGGACAUCGACACCAGGCUACAAUGGUAUAAUCGAACAUCCACCAUGGAAGCUACACCGACACUGACGGACUUCCUGGCUUACGUGGAACAGCGAGCCUAUACCUUGGAAACCUCUCACGUGUCAUCGGCUAAACCUGUAAUAAGACAACCACCACGCAGCAACAGUUUUGCGGCUACGAGCAGGGCACCCAGACCCACCUGCGCAGUAUGUGGUGGUCCUGACCACAAGCUAUUCUUUUGCGACCGCUUCAAGGCUCUAUCCGUGGCCGAACGCUUUGAAUGGGUCACGCGGCUUGGUAGAUGUCAAAACUGCCUUCGUGAGGGACAUGGAAGCAACGAUUGCUCCUCAGGCACUUGCAAACGGUGCAGUCAAAACCAUCACACUCUUCUUCAUGAGGAACGGCGAGAUCCAUAUCAAUCACAACUUCCCGGUGUAGUUAGCAACCAUCUUUCCUACAACGAUGCGUUUUGUUCGGUUUUUCUGGCUACCGCAGUCGUCAACGUUUUGGACGCCAGAGGGAAUCUUCAUCCAGCGAGAGCCCUUCUGGAUUCAGGCUCACAAGCGUGCUUUAUCACAUCCGAUCUGUUCAAAAGGCUAGGUUUGGACAAACGCCACAUUAACUUGCCCCUUAGAGGAAUUUCGGGACUGGCAACCAGAAUCAGCGAAGCAGUAACAGUGACUAUUCUUUCACGAAAUUCCGACUUCCGCCAGGAGACAGAGUGUGCUAUCCUCGAAAAGAUCUCGGAACCUGUUCCACAACGAGCUGUUAACAUCAUCCAAUGGGAGGGUCUGGCAGACCACGCUCUGGCUGACGAGCGAUUCAACAUUCCGGGAAAUAUCGACUUACUUAUUGGUGCAAGCCUAUACUAUCACCUACUUGAACCUGAGCGGAUUUUAUUGGGUCCGCUACAACCAAUCCUACAGAAAACCAAGUUGGGUUGGAUAGUAGCAGGAUUCCACGAACCCGGAGAUAGAACGGAAUCAAUCUCCUCCAACUUCUGUGCACGAAUAGAGGAUGACAGCGAUAUCAAAAACCUCAACAAAUUGGUGGCCAGCUUCUGGGAGCUGGAAGACUUCAAGACAUCAAAAUUAUUAACAGAGGAGGAGCAGAUGUGUGAAGAACAUUUCCGAUCCCAUACCACGCGUGGUUCUGACGGUCGAUACAUAGUGAAGCUACCGUUUCGCAAAGACCCAUCGAGUAUUGGGGCAACCAGAUACUCAGCGCUACAACAAUAUCGGGCAUUGUUGCGCAAGCUGACCAAGAACGUUGAUCAACAGCGGCUGUAUGAGAAUUACGUUGGUGAACUUAUUACGUCACAACAUAUCAAACGAAUGCCGGCAAACCCGAGCCCCCGUCCGGCUAUCUACCUGCCUCAUCACGCGGUUUUGAAGGAGGCACAACGCAGCACAACGAAGCUAUGCGUCGUGUUCAACGGUUCACUCAAAUCAUCAAAUGGGGUGACAUUGAACGACCUGCUAAUGACUGGACCCGUAGUUCAAGAUAGCCUAUACAACAUCCUGCUUAACUUUCGUCUGCAUUCAAUUGCGCUGGUUGGGGAUAUAGAGAAAAUGUACCUCCAAGUGCGAGUUACCGAUGAAGACAGUAAGCUAAUUCGAAUGCUGUGGCAAGAACCUGGAAGCUCUCUGGAAGAGUACGGAAUGUGCACUGUGACUUUCGGUUUAUCGUGUGCCUCCUUCUUGGCCACGAGAGCCCUAAAACAACUUGCGGAAGACGACGGCGAACUGUUUCCAUCGGCAAGAAGCAGCAUGAACGAUUUUUACGUCGACGAUCUUCUUUCUGGUGCAUCAUCCGCCCAGGAGGCAAUAGAGAAGCGUCGACAGUUAAAGGAGCUGAUGACGCGAGGUGGAUUCACCAUGCGGAAGUGGGCCACCAACGAUCCGACAGUGCUUGCAGACAUUCCCGUCACGGAGCGAGCUUUGCUGACCACGCAUGCUCUCAGCCCUGAGGCAUCAGUAAAAACUCUCGGAAUAAGAUGGCAUAUCAACUACGAUCUCUUCACCUUCACUGUAAACUGCGAGCCAACUCAAACCCAAUAUGUGAAGCGUGAGGUGCUGUCUGCAAUAGCAAGAAUCUUCGACCCUCUAGGCCUUGUUGGGCCCAUAAUAAUUACUGCGAAUGCCUUCAUGCAAGAAUUGUGGAAGCUUAGCAUCGACUGGUCUGAUCCACUGCCAGAAAGGUACAAUCUUCGUUGGCAUUCUUACCUGACACAACUGCAAGAAACUUGGCAGAUAAAAAUACCUCGUCGUUGCAUAGCUAUAGAUUGUUUUCAAAGGAUACACCUUCAUGGCUACUGCGACGCGUCUGAGACAGCUUAUGGGGCAGUAUUAUAUCUCAUAGCAUUCGACGAAGCAGGCGGUAUCAGCUCCCGACUUCUGUGUUCCAAAUCGAAGGUAACGCCCAUCAAUCGACCAACUAUUUCAAGGUUGGAACUUUGCGCCGCCGCAUUACUAGCGCGACUUAUUAAGGCAGUAAAACCAACGCUGAGAAUUCCAAUACGGCAAACAACCGCGUGGAGCGACUCCAUGACGACCCUUGCAUGGAUAUGUGGAGACCCAUCGAGGUGGAAAACGUUUGUGGCUAACCGAGUAGCUGAAAUUAAUUCGAUAUUACCAGCAAUUAAUUGGAAGCAUAUUUCUACGGAAAAAAAUCCUGCGGAUCUCCUGAGUCGGGAGUCACCCCCGCUGUCCUGGCGGCAAGCAAUUUGUGGUGGAACGGGCCUAUUUGGAAACCAGAUGAUACGAUCGAUACCUUGCCAGAAACAAUGCCAUCAACGUUACUCCGUCUCAUCGAUAAAGAACGAAGACAAUCGGCGUCACAAGUGUUCCUCAUUAACUCCAAUGAAAUGCUAG